CGCAGCUUAAGCUAUGAUGCAACCCAGCCGAGGGGAAAUAAAAUAUGUUGGAAAAUACAGUGAGUGAAUUUGACUGUCUAUAACAUCAUGUCCAGCAAUGUGACAUAUUAGUAUAUAUGACAUAUUAGUAUAUUAGUAUCAAGAAGGCUAGUUCAGGUAGUUACAACCCAAUAGUCUGAAUAAGAUCAUCACUUAACACGUAUUUACACUAUUGUAAUGUAACUGAAUAUCUAAAUAUUUCAGUUGUCUCUUGAUUUCACUCAUCUAUUUUAUUUCUAACAUCUAAAGAAUAAUUUUGAGAAAAAUCCUUAUGAAAUUAUUGCUCUCAUGCUCACAAUUGUUGGGGCAUGUGUGUCAUGUGUCGGUUCCCUUGUGCAAGAGUUUAAGAAUAGCUUAUCAGUCAUGUUCACGUUACAUCAUGUUGAUCUGACAUGGAUGCUUACGUACAAUAUGUCAUGAGACACUUUGACGCUGAUGAUAAUUGUUUGUUAGAUGUGGUGAAUGUGAGUAAAUAAGAUGUAAAUAUAUUCAAUUUAUUGUUUCAAAGUUAAGAAAGUAGCACAUUCAUCCGUAAAGAAUAAUUUAUAUGAUAAUGUUCUUAUCAUCAUGUCAAUUGGUGUUUACUGUUUAUACCCUUUCUGACCAAGUUAAGACCAUGAUUUUGUCAUUGGUUGCCAUAAGUAUUACUUCAUAGAAUUUGAAAGAUACCAUUGAAAAUUUUAUUUUAAAUGACCGACUGUCAAACAGUCAGAAACCCCAAAGAUAUGACAUUUAUAAAGAAGCAAAGAAAAGUGAAUCCUCACAUUUGAAAAUCAUUUAUUAGCAAAUAGGUUGUAUUUUUACUUGAAAAAGACUUUAAUUUAAUGUAGUAGUUGACUCCGUAAAGAUGUAAUUAAUUAUCGAAAUUGUCAUGAUUUUUCUGUCAAUUUAAUAUCAUUGGUCAAUUGAAAUUUAGGUGGUCAUGUUAAGAGUGUAUGAAAAACAGCGGUGUUUACUGUGGUAAAUAAAACAGGUUAUAUGAACAGUAAACAUGGAAAAUGACAGCUAAUCUCAACAAGUGAUAAAAUGGUCAAAACAACAAAGUCACAGGAUGUUCACACUGACUUGUUUACCAAUUGGACUGAGCUCCUUCUCUCAGGUAGGGCUCCUCAGUCACAUGGACCCUGUUUGUAUCUCUGCUCAUUCUGACUUCUGUCACUUUUAGAGGGGACACAGUGCCUACUAGGACAUGUGACAUAUGCAGCACUGGGGAGGUGGGGGCCAAUUCUCUGAAAAGAUCCCAGGCCAGCAAGCAGGCAGGAAUGUGUGCUCUGGUUGGUCAAAAGGAUCGGGUGUCACCAGCUGUGAGGGGCUGGUAUAAAGGACAGAGCUGCUAGCUCUCAGCCAGAAUAGAUAUCGGCAUUUCACAAGCAACAGCAUACACUAAAGAGUCAGGGUCUGUCCUUUAUUUUGAUAACUUGUUGAAACUGACGGAGAGAGUAAACCUUGUACUUCUCUCUUCGUGGAAAUUAGGAAACGUUCUGGUCUAGCUGCAGGUAGAGACUUUUUCCAUUAUGGAUUUGCAGAGGACAGGAUCUGUGGUUCGACCCCCCAGCCCCAUGGAUAGCCUUGAGAAGCAGCUGAGCUGCCCCAUCUGCCUGGACAUGUUCACUAAACCUGUGGUCAUCCUACCCUGCCAACACAACUUGUGUCGUAGUUGUGCAAGUGACCUCUAUGACUCACGCAACCCAUACCGUUUUUCUGGUGGUGUCUUUCGCUGCCCUACAUGCCGGUUUGAGGUCGUGCUUGACCGCCAUGGUGUACACGGGCUCCAGCGCAACCUGUUGGUUGAAAAUAUCAUCGACAUCUAUAAGCAGCAGCAAGAAGGUAGUGGCAGUGGAAGCCCAGACAACUCCCUGAAGCCUAAAGAGUCCAAAGAACCGAUGUGCCAAGAACACGAAGACGAGAGAAUCAACAUCUAUUGCACUACCUGUCAGGUACCCACUUGCUCCAUGUGUAAAGUGUUUGGGCAGCACAAGGACUGUGAGGUGGCACCUCUAGAAAGUGUUUACCAGGCCCAGAAAGGUGAACUGAGUAAUGCUAUUGAUACCCUGGUGGCCAGCAAUGGGCGCCUGCAAGCUCUGCUCAACCAGAUGGAAGAUGCCUGCCGUGCUGUACAGGAGAAUGCUCAGUGUGUUAAACAAGGCCUAGCUGAACGCUUUGACCUAUUAUAUGCUGUCCUGGAAGAGCGCAAAACCAUACUACUGGAGCAGGUUGGAAAAGAGCAAGAUGAAAAGGUGGCUGCUCUGCGGGCACUGGCUCAACGUUACGGCGAACGACUUCAAGCUAGUUCAGAGCUGACGGAUUCGGCUGUGAGGGCAUUGGAGCAGAAUGGUGCUGCUGAGUUUCUGUUAGCCUCCAAGGGCCUUAUUACACAGACCAAAGAUGCAGCUAAAUGCUCAAUGGGGGAAGAGAGGCCAGAGCCAGGCUUUGAGAAGAUGGACCACUUCACUUUGUCAACAGAGCAUGUUGAAGCAGUCCUUGCAAAAAUGGACUUUGGAUUGGUUGAUGAUGAUGAAUUUGAGGAUGCAGAGGAGGAGGAGGAGGAGGAAGAGGAAGAAGAGGAGGAAGAAUAAUGAAAAUUGAAGUGGUUAGGUUCUAGUAGAAACUACUGUAAUAUGUGCUUUUGAAUGUUUUUUUAACAAGAACAAGAAUGGCAGGGACUCUUUGCAAUUUGAUGUUAAAGAAAUAUAAGGUUACGGAGGAUGUGGGCUAGAAUGGCUUGCCCUUACUUUCUGUGCAAUAUUUAAUAUCAAUGUCGAAUUCAUACCUUUCCUGAACGUUUUAUACUUUUGUACUUUUGAGCCAGUUAAAUGCUGGUGUUAAGUGGAAAAUAGGUCUGUAAAAUAAAUGUAAAUAAAAUGUCUGCACACGUAAUUUUAUUCAUAUGUAGCUUAUGGAAAUAGUUCUUUUGCAUUUUCUCACUUUGUCGAAGUUGAUCUACAUGUAAUCACCAAUUUGGUCUUCAGUGGAACCUGAAAUAAAGCUGCAUGAAAUUAA